GGGUACAUUUGAAAGCAAACGUGUAUAUUUAACGGUGAAUGAGCAAUAUUCCAAUUUAAAGAAGAAGAGAGAUUUGUCAAAUACAACUUGACAUUAGUGUUGUUUAAAACAAUUUAUCUUUUAUUGUUUAGUCAUCACAAUUCGCAAAAGGAAACUUCCUGUUUAAUCUAGAAUAUUUCGUCAUAAUUAUUUUGUGAUUUAAAUAGCUGCACUGUAGUUAACAAGUGUUUAGUAUCAAAAUGGAGUUUCCACAUCUCGGUCAACACUGCAACGAAUCCACCUGUAAUCGUUUAGAUUUCCUGCCAUUUAAAUGUGAUUCUUGUGCUAAAGUGUUUUGCUCAACUCAUUUUAAUUAUGAUAACCAUUCCUGUGCUGGUCCACGUCGCAAAGACAUGCAAGUGCCUAUUUGUCCAUUGUGCGGUGAGCCCGUUCCUACUGCGCCAGGUGUUGAGCCUGAUCUAACUGUGGGCCGUCAUAUUGAUCAACAAUGUAAGUCGGACACAAAGAAAAUUUAUACAAAUCGUUGCAGUUACAAAAACUGCAAAAAGAAGGAGCUCAUACCAGUCACUUGCAGAGAAUGUAGAAAAAAUUAUUGUUUGCGUCAUCGACACACUACAGAUCAUGAAUGCAAUAAUGCUUCGAAUGCAAAUGUGGAUCAACGCACUUUGGCACUGAAUGCUGCCGAAUAUCGUCGCACAAACAAGCCAACAACAUUGUUCAAUGCACAGCCCAAACGUAAUCAAGUUCCAAUAGGUACACAAGUGCAAAACAUACAAGGAAAUAUGACUGAGGAUGAAGCUUUAGCUCGUGCACUUGCUUUAUCAAUAAUGGAACUAGACGAGAAUGCAGACCGUGAACGACGAAAUCAAGCAGCUGCUGUUCCACCUAAUGCUACAGUUCGCGUAGGAGGACGUGAUGGUCAAACAACAAAUGUCAAAGACAAAUGCCUGCUUUCAUAGUUCGGAAUGAAGAGUUAUAUACGUUUUAUUGUUAGCUUAGGAUUGCAUAUUCCAUAAGUAGUGUCUAAGUUUACAAACU